UAUUUCCUUGAUUAGGCGUUACAUUUAACGUCGCGUUAACAUGGUUUUUAGUUUUUUGCAUGGACAAAACAUGAGACACAAAAGACCAUAAAAACUAAAUUUAGAGACACGAAAUUGAAAGUCCCAUGUCCGACUCUAUUGGAUCUUUGAUUCAGUCUUCUCUCUUCACAACCUCUCUUUCUCUUCUUUUUCUUCUAUUUUUACUUCCUUCAACUCCCAUUUUUCUCCUUCAUUUUUUUUCUUUCUUUCUUUCUCAGUUCCAAUCUCUCUCUUUUCUUCUUUCUUUCUCCCCCCAACAAACAUUACAGUAAGACCGGAAAGAUGGCAUUUGGAAAAGGACGUGGAAACAAACGCUCUUCCACGACGUCGUAUGCGUCGACCAUAACAAUGGUCAUCUUUGUAGCUCUAUGUGUCAUUGGUGUGUGGAUGCUUUCUUCCAACUCCGUUAUUCCACCACAGAUCACAGGAGCCUCCACUCGGACAGCCAUUGCAGAGACAGAGAGGAGUGAUGUGGUGUCUGCCUCUUCAAACGGUAACGAUGAACCCGAACCAACAAAACCGGAGUCUGAUGACCAACCAGCAUUUGAGGACAAUCCGGGAAAGCUUCCAGACGAUGCCGUAAAGUCCGAAGACGAACAACAGAAGUCAGCAAUAGAGAAGAGUGACAAGACGAGCCAGGCCAAGAAGUUUCCCGAGGCAGGAGAAGGAGGAAAACAGAGUCAAAAGGAGACUCAGAAACAAGAAAUCCAACAGAACAAUGAAAAGUUUCCCGAGGAAAAGGAGAAAGACAACGACAAGGAGAACAAGGCUGUGCAAGAGAAUGGUGAAGGUCAGAUGAAACAAGUGGUCAAGGAGUUUGAGAAAGAACAGAAGAAACAGCGAGACGAGGACGCUGGGACUCAAUCAGGCAACUCCAAAGGAACACAAGAGCAGCAAGAGCAAGGACAAGGAAAGGAAUCGCAGGAUGUGGAACAAGGAAAGAAACAAGGGCAAGAUCAGGAUUCUAAUGCCGAUGUGACAUUCACAGAUGCGACCAAAGAAGAACAACCUAUGGAAGUGGGGCAAAGCGACACAUCAGAGAACUCAAAGAAUGAAGCAAACGGACAGCAACAACAAGAAGAUCAACAUUCAGGAAAGGAGGAAACCGGACAACAGAACGAGGAGAAUAUUGAAGAAAACGGGAAGGAUCAGAAGAGCAUGAAGGAUGAGAACGGACAACAAGACGAACAUAACACAACGGAGGACGAAAGCGGAAGCAAAGAAGAACAUAGCAUGACAACAAAGGACGAAAAUGUGGAGCAACAAGAAGAGAAGAAAGAUGAGAAAAGACAAGAGGGUUCAGAAGCGGGUGGGUUUGGCUCUGGAAUACCGAAAGAAUCUGCAGAAUCACAGAAAUCAUGGAAGAGUCAAGCAACAGAAUCUAAGGACGAGAAACAAAGACAAACAUCUGAAUCAAACAAUGCAGAUAGUAUAAUGGGUGGGAAGACAUGGGUGUUGUGCAAUGCAACUGCAGGUCCUGAUUAUAUACCAUGCCUAGACAACGAAGAAGCUAUACGGAAACUAACAAGUAGAAGACAUUUUGAGCAUAGAGAGAGACAUUGCCCAGAAGACCCACCAACGUGUCUCGUUUCCCUCCCAGAAGGCUAUAAGGAGUCCAUCAAGUGGCCAGAAAGCAGGGAUAAGAUAUGGUACCACAACGUCCCACACACAAAGCUAGCAGAGGUGAAAGGACAUCAGAACUGGGUGAAAGUCACUGGCGAAUUCUUGACAUUUCCUGGUGGUGGAACACAGUUCAUCCAUGGAGCUCUCCAUUAUAUCGAUUUCCUUCAGCAGUCUUUGAAAAACAUUGCGUGGGGUAAACGUACUCGGGUCGUAUUGGAUGUUGGAUGUGGAGUUGCGAGCUUUGGCGGUUUCCUCUUUGAAAGAGAUGUUAUAGCCAUGUCUCUUGCACCAAAAGAUGAACACGAGGCUCAGGUCCAGUUUGCUCUUGAAAGGAAGAUUCCAGCCAUCUCUGCAGUGAUGGGCUCAAAGAGACUGCCAUUCCCGAGCAGAGUGUUUGACCUUAUCCACUGCGCACGAUGCAGAGUCCCUUGGCACAUUGAGGGUGGUAUGCUUCUUCUGGAACUUAACCGGAUGCUACGGCCAGGAGGUUAUUUUGUUUGGUCAGCAACACCAGUGUACCAGAAGCUCGAAGAAGAUGUUCAAAUUUGGAAAGCCAUGUCCGCGUUGACAAAAUCCAUGUGUUGGGAACUUGUGACAAUCAACAAGGAUAAACUCAAUGGUAUUGGUGCUGCCAUCUACCAGAAACCUGCCACGAAUGAAUGCUAUGAGAAACGAAAGCAAAACAAGCCUCCGAUGUGCAAAAAUAACGAUGAUGCAAAUGCAGCCUGGUAUGUACCGCUACAGGCAUGUAUGCCUAAAGUGCCAACAAAUGUGGUCGAGAGAGGGAGCAAGUGGCCCGUGAACUGGCCCCGUCGGCUACAAACACCUCCUUACUGGCUAAACAGCUCUCAAAUGGGGAUCUAUGGGAAACCAGCUCCAAGAGAUUUCACUACAGAUUACGAACAUUGGAAGCAUGUUGUUAGCAAAGUAUACAUGAAUGAAAUUGGAAUCAGCUGGUCUAAUGUGAGGAAUGUAAUGGAUAUGCGAGCUGUCUACGGAGGGUUUGCAGCAGCUCUAAAGGACCUGCAAGUGUGGGUAAUGAAUGUAGUAAACAUAAAUUCACCAGAUACACUACCGAUAAUCUACGAGAGAGGCUUGUUCGGGAUUUAUCAUGACUGGUGUGAAUCUUUUAGCACAUACCCUCGGAGCUAUGAUCUCUUGCAUGCAGAUCAUCUCUUCUCUAAGUUGAAAGCAAGGUGCAACCUUGCUCCAGUAAUGGCAGAAGUGGAUAGAAUAGUAAGACCAGGAGGUAAACUAAUAGUUCGUGACGAGUCCAAUGUGAUAAGAGAAGUUGAGAAUAUGUUGAAGUCACUGCACUGGGAUGUUCAUCUAACCUUCUCCAAGCACCAAGAAGGAAUAUUAAGUGCCCAAAAAGGAUUCUGGAGACCAGAUACAUCUCAAUGA